AUGCCUGAUCGUUCUGACUUUCGAGGGCCACCACCAAGUUAUCAGGCCUCCCAAUCGUCAUGGCACUCUGGGCAAGCGGAAACCGCUCCUCCUCCAUACCACAACUGGCAGGAACUUGUACCUGAUACGGCAACUCUACCUCCACCACCAGUGACCGGCUACUACGCCUCCAAUGCUGGCAAUGCAUCUACAGAUGACGCAGAGCGUGCCCAUGAUUUUUGUGACAGAGUUCCCUUAUAUCUGCCAGAGAAGCCUCCCACUGCUGCCUAUAGCUGUGUACAGAGACAUGAUCUGCGCCCUGUGCAACCGCAGGAGUUUUAUGGCAACCUUGGCACCACUCGUCCAGGAUACUGGAAUGGUUCAACGAGGGACAGAAACGGCGACUGUAUCAUAAUAACAAGUCUACCGUUGUACUUUGCUUUUGAGGAUUCUCCCUAUGUCACUGAGGUGAGAAAGGCUGUAUAUUUUGAAGUCAAGCUGCUAGGCCUUCGUGCUGGACCAGGAACUGGAUCUGCUGAUGCAAGUGGAUUUUCAAUUGGGUUUGUUGCACAGCCGUAUCCUACUUGGAGAUCACCCGGCUGGGAGAGAGGAAGUCUCGGGGUAUUCUCUGAUGAUGGGUGUCGAUUUGUGAAUGAUUCAUGGGGUGGGAAGGAAUUCACGACUGGUUUUCAUGUGGGCGAGACUGUUGGUCUGGGACUGAAUAUUAGCCUACCAGAUUCUAUGAAUACUGCUUUGGGGAUGCGGAAAAGGGUCUGCAGAGUCGAGGUCUUCUUUACUCGAAAUGGACAGCGGGCCGGAGCCUGGGACCUCCACGAAGAGGUCGACCAGGAAGCUGGAGGCGUUGAGGGGCUAGAAGGAGACUAUGACUUGUACGGUGCUAUCGGGUUGUUCGGCGGAGUCAACUUUGAAGCCUGCUUUGAUCCUGCGGGCUGGCUAUGGAAGCCCUAG